UGUAUAUAUAUACCCAACAAAUUGUCUCCAUGAUCAUCCAUAUCUCGCAUAGUCUCCUUCCAAUUCCUCGCACGCAACAAAUCCGGCGGGAAUUCAAGUGUCGCUGAUCAUUCCCGAACCGCAAACAUGACCACCUACAAGUUACUUUUGUCUAUCGACGACCUCGUGCUCCAAUCGAACUCGUCGGACAAUCUCUGUAUCGGCAGGAAAGUCGGCGAUGCUUUCACCACCGUAUUCUUGGACGCUGCCAUCAAACCCAAAACGGCCGGACAGAAGAGUCUAGGCGCGGACAAUAUCCUCAAGUGGCUGGACAAGUUUCGUGUCUUUGUGGCUAGCCCACAGCCAUCACCUGAAUCUCUAAUCGAAUUUGUCUCCAAUCAUGUCAACAUCGCCUUCGGUCAGCAAGCAGUGCUAAACUCACUUCCCAUGUUUGAAGCGGUCUCACAAGCUCCGGCCAGCGACUUCACAAAUCCCACAGGCCCGGAAUCAUCCCAAGACUCUUUUCUCGCGCGAAGAAUUCCGAAGGACCUUCGGGUCGGCAUUGAAAUGGGACUCCCGGACGACCGGUGGACAGUGAUCUAUGUCGACAACGAGACUCACAUGACAACUAGCGACAUACAAAUCACUCCACGGAACGAGUACAUUAUCUUCUGGAAGGCUAAGACGACGACAAACUCGGCAAUCAACCUCUCGCAAAUCCCCGAUGCGUACAAGUUCAGCUUCGACAAAGGAGCUGAUGACAUCUCCAUUCGCUUCGGCUAUGCUAUCCCAAACCGGCCAGACGGUCGAGAAAAUCCGAAUUUCUACCCGGUGGUUUAAAUAUAAUCCCCGAGGCCGAAGGCACAGCUUGUCCUUUGGACACGUUUGAGCCAUGACUUGUUGCUCUGUUGGAAAUAACUGCAUCGGCCUGCGGCCAGC